AUGGGUAUUCCAGGAUUUUUUCGCUGGCUGGCCUCACAUUAUCUAGCAGUCGUGAAAAGAGUAGCUCACGGAGCGAAACAAUCCGCGGACCUUUUAUACCUAGAUAUCAAUGCACUUUUUCAUACCGCAAACAUAAAGAAAAAAGGUAUAUCCUCUUCUUUACCUGCUUCAGAAGAAAUUACUGUAGCUAAUGAAGAUGCAAUGACAAUUGAAGUAGCUGGUACUGAGGUUGUCAACAAAGAUGGAGAGUUGCCGAGGGAAGUACAGGCUUUUUUUUGUCUGGUGAAUAGGUCGCCAUUACGCCUGAAUCUUCAGAUCAUCUUUAGUGAUUCCAGUUUAGCAGGUGAAGGUGAGCACAAAUUGUUCCAAUUUUUGAAAACGCAGCGCAUGCAAAGUGGUUAUAAUCCGCAACUUCGUCAUGUUGUCUGUGAUGGAGAUGCCGAUUUUAUCAUAUACUCGCUGAUGACCCACGAACCACAUCUUCGAAUAUUAAGACCUGGCAUGGGUAAAGAUUUAAACAUUCUACAUGUGGCGAAACUACGUAAACAUCUUAUCAACGAUAUGAUGCGCCACCAAUGUCUGCUGCCGAUCAAGAUAAUUUUGAUUGAAAGAUUUUUUAUGAAUAUCAAUGUUGCUCGGCAAUGA